GAAUACACAGUCACUCAUAAGUCAUAACUAGCAGAAAUUUCAGAUCUACAGAGUCAUCGUUUGAGGAGUUUUGCAAAGUCAUCAAGGUGAAAUAUGUAUCAUUAUCAUCAAAGGAGGAUUUUACUACAACAACAAAACGAGUUGCUGAGAGCAGAAAACAGAGCUAUGAUUCAUGCUCUGACCUCUCCAUCGAUGUGUAGAUCUUGCGAUGGGCCCAUCAUUUCAACCGAAUUUAGGGAGCUGUGGUUGGAGAAUGCUCGUCUCCGUUCAGAGAUUUAUACAUUGACUUGUUUCAUAUGGAGACUAAAUUUGUUCAGGAGCCUGUAUCCCGCAGCUGUUACAUCUUUGACUGAUUGGCAUUACGCAGUGGCGGUUAUGAUGUCACUUUCGCUCAAAGAAGUUGUUUCUCUUGCGAGGCAAAGAACUCCGAUGUCAAGCAACGGGAGACUGAAUCUCGACGAAUACUACUCUAAAUACUUUCCUUGGUAUGCGAGAAACGCACCUGGGUUUGUACAUGAGGCAUCAAGAGCUUCUGCGUUUGUCCCAUGUGAUGCUUCAUCGCUUUUGGCAAAUCUUAUGAAUCAUGUAACUUGGAAAAAAAUCUUCCCGUCAAUCAUCGCAGAUGUGUCGUCUAUGGAAUCACAACAACGAGGAUUGCAAACGAUUAAUGUGGAUUUUAUGCCACAAAUCUCCCCUUUAAUUCAAACUCGAAAUGUGAAACUUCUUCGACGCUCGAGGCAUAUAGAGAAUGAUGCAUGGGUUAUCGCCGAUAUAUCUGUGUAUUUUAGCUCAUAUUCUCAACAUUCAAGCCCCGAGUUUAUGAGAUUUCCUUCUGGAUAUCUUAUCCAACAUAUAGCCAAUGGUAUCUCCAAGGUAACCAUUCUCGACCAUUGGGUUUAUAAGGAACAAGAAGCCAUAAACAUUUUCAAUUCAAAUUCAGAAUUCGAGGCACAUAGAUGGCUCGCUGCUCUCCAAAGGCAUUGCUACAACAAUGGCUCUAUUUCGAUUCCUUCUGUCGGUCACCAUAUUCAAAUAUUCGACCCGAUCUGUCUUACCAACUUGCUUAACCUAUCUUCAUUUAUGGUUAACGCAUUUUGCACUGGAGUUUGCGGGAUAACCGGACAGAGUUGGAAUCGCUUCGAUACAGUUGGAGGUUCGGUCAAUAACAUUAGAAUGUUCACGCGAGAAAGUCGAGACAUGAGUGGGAUACCUUGCGUUUUGGUUACCGCUACGGGUUUAGCUAGAAUGCAAGCUAGGCCGGAAGUUAUAUUUGGAUUAAUCAAACGUGCAGAAAAACAAGAGAUAUGGGAUUAUUUAGAGUCUGCUAGAGAUAUGAAAGAACUAAUUCGUAUCGGUAGAUAUCCUAAUACAUGGAAUGAAGUGUCUGUUUUCAGCAUUGAGUGGAAUGGUUCGAAGGAGUGGUAUCUGAUUCAAGAAACAUACUACGAUGAAACAGGAGCAAUGAUAAUCCAUGCUUGCUUAGAAGCGCCAUAUUUUGCAGCUGUAAUAAACGAUGGAGAUUUGUCUGGCAUCGAACUUUUACCGUGUGGAUUCACAAUAAUGCCACACGGAUCACAAGAAUGUUUCGUUUCGGCUGGAUGUCAUGUUAGGGCCGACCAAGCUAUGGUCACAAGUCCAAAUGAGCUGGUGAGUUAUGUUGAGGGCAUGGUCACUGACAUUCUAGGAAAUGUCCAAAAUGCCCUCCCAAUCCGCCGUUGAAUUUUUAUGGCUUAUGAAGUUUUACCGUUCUUGUUGUUGGUGUCGUCGUCGUCGUUGUUGUUGUUGUUCUUGUUUGAGAGUUUGGAAUUGGAAACUUUAUUUCUAUGAACAUUAUUAUCCUAUUAUCGUCGGUGAUCAUGGUUUUAUCUAAGAUUAUGAUAUAUUUCCAUAGUA